AUGAUAGCAGCGAUGUCAUCAGUACCGCUCCCAGAGCCACUCCUGCGCAACAUUCCCGAGGAAGAUGAGCAGUGGUCAAGGGCGCCGGGCCGGAACGAGGGAGGAACAACGACUACAGCGGCCUCAGCAUCAGACACUGUCACCCCCAUAAAGUCUACUAAAGACAGGGCACGGCGAAGGGCAGCCACACGCUCCGCUCCCUCCAGGACACGUGCCACAGGACUCUCCAAGAAGACCUCCAUAGACUCCCUCGGAGACCUGGGCAAGGUGCUCUACGUCGAGUCGGCGUGCUGCCCGCAGAACAUCUUCUUCACCGGCCUCCAACCUCUGCAGCCCAUGAUGACCAGCCGUCGUCGUCGUUGCUGCAGUAUCUGUUGCGAGGAGAGCGCGCAUCACCUUCAGUCCCGGAGAUUCCAUAUGCGACCACAUGAGCACGGACAGCUAGUCCAUCCAGACAGUCCACGGAGCAGGCGAGCGCAGUCCCGACCCUCACCAACAUGUAAUAUCCCCACCAACACUGCCUUGGACGGAGUCAUCAUUUACGAAACGAGUUGCGAUCCACAGACUAGAGGUCCGACGCUGCCACAGGUGACACGCGCCCGACGGUGAAGAUUGCGGGAUGGACUAUCGUGCGACGCAUAGGUUCCUCUGUCAUUGUCCGUUUUGUAUUAUAUCUUGAUUUUCUGUAUGUAAAAGUGUUUUAAUUAGUCAACAAAUCGAAG